CACUGCCAAGGCUCUGAGGAUACAUUCACAUACCCACACAUAUAAACAGAAAACUGAAGGUUGUAGCUGAAGGCUCCAUUUGCCAUUUUGGAUUAACUUUUUCGAUAUAGGAAUUAUUCUCUUGGAUGGAAUAAUUUUUUUUUUUUUUUUUUUUUUUUUAACCAUGUCUCAAGAGGUUUUCCGUUUUGGUUAUACUCAAAUAAAAUGGAGGAUAGUUUUGAUUGUGACUGUGGCGAGCUUGAGCCACCUGAUCAUUGAGGGCAACAGACUCCUUUGAAGACUUUAAAGGCCAGACUCAUUACAAAUUUAUAGAUCAGGUGAUUUGACAGGAAAAAAUAGAUACAGGUAAAUACUAAAAAAAAAAAUAAACAAAAAAAAAAGUUGUGCAUUUUGGCACAUUUCAUAUGAAGCUGCUCAGGACCAGUCAUACACUGAAUGUAUCUGCACUGUGAGGAUGCAAUGGUUUUAUAGUUUAACAUAUAUUAAGUCCCAGUGUUUUAAUUGACCCUUAAAAGUUCAUUCCAUUGCAGUCUAUUAACACUAGUUUACUUAAAAACAAUAAAAAAAAACUUUUAAGUUUAUGCUGUCCAUACACAAAGGAUUGGAGAAGAAAUUAAUCUUUCAAAAUUUUCUUAUUCAACAUGGAAAGAAAGUAUGAUUACAUUUUAGUGCCCCGCAUCUGACAGUGACGGCUAGCCAGGGGGCUUGAUAGUCAUCUGUACAGGGGUUAGUUAGCCCAGCCUCUAAAGCAGUGGGAGGAUUAUCAGAAAAAAUUGGUGUUAAAGUUGGGCUUGUAACAGGACAGAGAUCAGGUGUGAGGAAUCACAGUAGCUUGGUGUAAAGACCUAAAAACAAACAAUAUGGCAGAGAAGUUUGAGUCGCUUAUGAAUAUCCAUGGCUUUGACCUGGGUUCUCGCUACAUGGACUUAAAGCCUCUGGGCUACGGAGGGAAUGGCCUGGUGUUCUCAGCCGUUGACACCGACUGUGACAAGCGUGUAGCUGUGAAGAAAAUUAUCUUGACCGAUCCCCAGAGUGUGAAGCACGCCCUGCGGGAAAUCAAGAUCAUCAGAAGACUUGACCACGACAACAUUGUCAAGGUGUUUGAGACACUGGGCCCCAGCGGUCGCAAGUUAACAGAGGAUGUGGUGUCACUGACGGAGGUUAAUUCAGUCUACAUCGUACAAGAGUACAUGGAGACUGACCUCUGUCAGCUGCUGGAGAGGGGCCUUCUGUCUGAGGGCCAUGCCAGGCUCUUUAUGUACCAGCUCUUGAGGGGCCUUAAGUACAUCCACUCUGCCAACGUGUUGCAUCGUGACCUCAAGCCUGCCAACUUGUUUGUUAACACAGAAGAUCUGGUACUGAAAAUUGGGGACUUUGGGCUGGCUCGCAUCAUGGAUCCCCACUAUUCUCACAAGGGCCAUCUCUCUGAAGGUCUUGUAACAAAGUGGUACAGAUCUCCUCGUCUGCUGCUUUCUCCAAACAACUACACCAAAGCCAUUGACAUGUGGGCUGCUGGCUGCAUCUUUGCUGAGAUGCUCACAGGGAAAACCCUCUUUGCAGGAGCCCAUGAGUUGGAGCAGAUGCAGCUGAUCCUUGAGUCCAUCCCUGUGCUACGAGAGGAAGACCGUCAAGAGCUCCACAGCGUAAUCCCAGUCUUUAUCCGUAAUGACAUGUCAAAGCCUCACACACCACUGGACAAGCUGCUGCCUGAUGUUAGUCCACAAGCCCUGGAUUUUCUGAAGAAGAUCCUGACCUUUAACCCCAUGGAUCGCCUGACUGCAGAGGAGGCCCUGGCCCACCCCUAUAUGGCUGACUACUCUUUCCCCCUGGACGAGCCUGUCUCUCUGCACCCCUUCCAUAUUGAAGAUGAAGUUGAUGAAAUCCUGCUCAUGGACCAGAGCCACAGCCAUACUUGGGACAGGUAUCACGAGAGCCAGUUCUCAGAGGCUGAUUGGCACUUGCAGAGCACCCAUGACCCAGACGAGGUUCAGGUUGACCCGAGGGCACUCUCUGAUGUCACAGACGAGGAGGAGGUCCAGAUUGAUCCACGUAAAUAUGCUGAUGUUGACCGAGAGAAGUUCCUGGAUGAGCCAUCCUUCGACUACUCGUCUCUGAUCUCGUCAGAGCGAUCUUGGCAGGAUGAGCACCAUGAAAACAAAUACUGUGACGUGCAGUGUAGCCACACUUGUAACUACAAGGCUGUGUCACCCUCCUACCUUGACAACCUCAUCUGGAGGGAUAGUGAAGUCAACCACUACUACGAACCCAAGCUCAUCAUUGACCUCUCCAACUGGAAGGAGCAGCAGAGCAAGGAGAAGGCAGACCGCAAAGCCAAGAGCAAGUGUGAAAAGAAUGGGCUUGUAAAGGCCAGGAUCGCACUGCAAGAGGCAGAGAAGACCCAGAGUUUAGCAGAGAAAGAUAAGACGCAGGAGAAACACCAAACAGAGAGGCCUCAGAGCCAGCAAAACCAAGGCUUUGAUUUUGACUCCUUUAUUGCCAGCACCAUUAAACUGAGCCUGCAGCCGGAGCCCUGUCAGGAGAUGUCCCUGCUCAGCGAUGUGGGUCUUCUGAACGAGCUCAACUUCUCCGUCUCUCAGCUGGAGGCUCCUCGCUCAAGCUCCAUGUCAAAGACCAUAAGUCAGGAGAAGGAGGAGAAGUGCCUGGUAAAUCUCGCCCAGUUAGGUUCUGGUGGGCUGGGAGUCGUUGCCGGGGACUGCGUCUGGCCUGCUUGCCCCUGGGAGAGCUUCGCCUCUGGGGAAAGAGUUGGGGAAAAUGGCUGUCUGAUCGAUGAAGUAUGUUGGGACACUCGCAAAGAGGACCAUUUGCAGAAAGAAAGCACUUACACCAGUUACUUGGACCACUUGUUUAGCCGGAAAGAAGAGGUGGUCACAGAGAUGGUGGCGGGUCCAGAAAUGGAGGCCACGGUGGUUAAAGAGCUGGACGACAGCUUCCUCGACAGUCACACAGAGAUUGUGCUUAAUAUGCAGCUGGACACUCUGGCCCUGCCUGGCUUUGACAGCCCUGACGACUUGCCUCUAAAAUCUAUCCAGGCAUCCUUCACCCCUUGUGCUGUCAAAUGUUCCCCACAAAUCGCCCACAAAACAUACAGCAGCAUCUUCAAGCAUCUUAAUUAAUGAAAUAUAUAUAUAUAUAUAUAUAUAUAUAUCCUCCCUCACAGUGCAAAAUCUAGACAGUUUUUUUUUUUUUUUUAUUUUCUUUUAUAUACUAUGGUAUAUUGUACUUGAAUCAUUUCAUACCUUUUUUAAAUCAGUUAAUUUUUAUUAUUCUUGGAGUUGAGAUGGAUGAGUUAUUAUAUUUAAGGAGUUUUGUCAUCACUCUGAGCCUUGAUUACCAGCCCUUCAUGGGUUAAUGUCUACGCCCUCAUUGCUAAACUGGCAUGUCACUCGCACACAUAAGUACUGUAGAUGAAGGGAGAGAAGUUACUCGAAGAAAUAUAAACAGGAGAAGAUUUAGACGAGUAUUUUUUGGGAGGGGGGGUUGACAUCAGGAAGGAUAUUGGACUAAUAUUGCUGUGAGAUUUGAAAGUGCUUUCAAAUAGCCUUUCUUGGAAUGGGGUAUUAGGGGGGGGUUAUCCCUUUUUCUCUCUCUUUUUUUUAAUUUUUUUUUACAUCUAACAUUUUUCUUUAAAAGAAAGCUUCCUUAACCCUUUCAUACUGUAAAUCUGACACAUGAUGCCAGCAGCAACCAUUAUCGUAGGCGUUAAUGUAAAUGUGUUAUCUACCUCAAGGUAACAGCCGUGAGAGACACUCAAAGCCGCACUAGUGCUUUACACACAUGACCAUCCUCAUAACAUGAAAUGAAGUGGUCGCAUAGAUGAAAUCUGACUCACUUAAGCGUUUAACAUAGUGAGGUGCUUCAGUAAUCAUUAUUUAUUUCUAGCAGAUGUGUGAUAUUUAUUUUAUAAAAAUGUGUUAUGUCAGUGUGAUUAUUGAAGAGGUAAGGAGUUGGAAAGACUUCCAUUUUCAUUUCAGCACUAUAAGGAUGUGCAAGUGUUCUUUUGUUUUAAGGUAGGAUGCAAAUUCAUGUGUUCUAAAAAGAAGUUGAGGCUUUCCAUUUUUUCAACAAUAUUCUUUAUCAUUCUUUUUUAUUUUUUUGUACAGGUGCAUUCUGUCUUUAGUGAAAACUGUAUGGUUUAAAGAAGCGCCUAAAAGUCUUAACUUUUUUUCUAUCUAAAUGUAAAAAAGUGUGCAUGGAGGCAAAAGAAAGGUACAUCACAAGUGAAGUUAAUGGUGGGUGUAAAUGUACGUCAUUUUUAAUUGUACUUUUUUUUUUUUUUUUUUGUUAAAUUUCUAUGUACUUUUUCCAAGCAAGCAUGACGAGUUAGGUUAAGGUGUAGCAUGUAGAACACUUCCAGACUUUGUUUUGUUUUGUUUUUAUUUGUUUUGUAAUGAUUGGUUUCCUUGUUCUACCAAAAUAUCUCAAAAUAAAAUGACUGGCAAAGAG